AGCUUAGAGGCAGCACGAGCUAGCAGCUAGCUACGUAUACUCCCAAGUGGAAGAGAGCAAAGCUAGCAGGUAGCCAUGGCGGUCUUGUUGAUGCGAGUGGUGGUGGCUGCGGUGGCCGUGGUGUUCGUGCUCGCCCUCGGAGCGGUGGCCCAGCUCUCGCCGACGUUCUACGACGGCAGCUGCGCGAGCCUGCAGUCCAUCGUGCGGUCGGGGAUGGCCUCCGCCGUGCAAAGCGAGCCGCGGAUGGGCGCCUCCAUCCUCCGCCUCUUCUUCCACGACUGCUUCGUCCAAGGGUGCGACGCGUCGGUGCUCCUGGACGACUCGUCGACGCUGACGGGGGAGAAGAACGCGGGGCCUAACGCCAACUCGCUGCGCGGCUUCGAGGUCAUCGACGCCAUCAAGUCGCAGGUCGAGGCUGCCUGCCCCGGCACCGUCUCCUGCGCCGACAUCCUCGCCCUCGCCGCGCGCGACGGCGUUAACCUGCUGAGCGGGCCGACGUGGGCGGUGCCUCUGGGCCGCCGCGACACGCGCACGGCGAGCCAGGCGGCGGCGAACAGCAACCUCCCCUCCCCGUCGUCGAGCGCGGCCACGCUGGUGUCCGCGUUCGCGUCCAAGGGCCUGGACUCCCGCGACCUGGUGGCGCUGUCGGGCGCGCACACCAUCGGGGCCGCGCGGUGCGCGACCUUCCGGUCCCGCGUGUACAACGACACCAACAUCAACGCCGGGUUCGCGACGCGGCGGCGGCAGAUCUGCCCCGUCCAGGGCAGCGACGGGAACCUGGCCCCGCUGGACGCGCUCAGCUCCGUCAAGUUCGACAACGGCUACUUCCGCAACCUGGUGGGUCAGUUCGGGCUGCUCCACUCCGACCAGGAGCUCUUCGGCGGCGGCGCCGUGGACUCCACCACGGCGCAGUACGCGCGCAACGGCGCGGCGUUCGCGCGGGACUUCGUGACGGCCAUGAUCAAGAUGGGCAACAUCAGCCCGCUCACGGGGUCCAACGGCGAGAUCCGCUCCAACUGCAGGAAGCCCAACUAACUUACCGUCACCAGGAUUGGUCUCCGAGAUUCGUGCUGAGGAAAGAUAUGGCCAGCUAAGCGCAGCAGGUGCUUUUGCGUGGAAAGUGCGGAAGGGAGCGGCGAGACUACGAUGAUUGAAGGAUGAGGUGGGUGGAGCGGCGCUGUCAAGAGGAGGAAGAAGGUGGGGGCCCAGUGUGGACUGCAUUGCCAUCGCUGCUUUUGGUCGCAUUCUUUCUUUGUAUCAUAUGAUCACGACGAUGAUUUAUUGAUUUUGCAAGGAUGAUAUGAAUAAUAACAGACGAUUGCAUUGUUUUUUUUUU